AUGGGGCUUCGCGAUCUGGUUAAGAAGAAGGACCGGCUGGGGGAGGGUGACGGGCGCUAUUCCGAGACACUGAACAGACUCGCAGGACCUGAGUUCACCUUCAUCCGCUCCGAUACAAACACGCAUGAGAUCAUCUACCCGCCAGCUCACCCCGCGAGCAAAGACCGCUACCUUAGCGCGCACGGCCCGGCGUCGCCACCAUCCAAGACGCGCCGCAGCCUCGAUGUGUUCCGUCCGCGAUCGCGGGGUAACAGCCUCCUCUCCGUCGCUUCGGGUGAUAGCGAUGGCGAUAACAAUAGCGCAACCAAAAAGGAGCACCGUCGCCUUUCGCAGCGUCUAGGUCUGUCUCGCCACCCGCCCAAGACGUCGGAAUUUGUGCCUGAGGAUCUCCCUCAAAUCAAUGUCACCAGCACCUCCGACGACCCAACAGCCACCGAGAGCAAGGAAGCCAGAGAGCACCAGUGGGAGAAGCGGGCCACCAUCCUCGCGAGCACCAACGAAGAACGCCAGAGGAGCAGAUCACGUAGCGUGUCUGCAUCGCCAUCCGUGUCAUCUGCGAACCUCGUCGGUCUAGACAGUGGCAACACAGACACAUCACCGCUCAAGUCGAGUGGUGUCGUCUCGUCGAAGGAGAUCGAUCAGGAUAUCCAGGAAGCCAUACGGUUACACGAGGAGGGGGAUCUUGAGAGGUCGACACAGUUAUUCGGGCGCCUUGCCGAUCCGUACGGCGCCAACAACCCGCUAAGUCAGGUACUGUAUGGACUUGCGCUCAGACAUGGCUGGGGUUGCGAGCCCGAUCUCAAACGCGCCGUCACCUAUCUCUCGGCAGCAGCAUCAAAUGCAGCAACCGUAGAAACUAUGGCCCUGAAGGCCGGUCUCAAGAAAGGAGGUGCAGCAAAAGGAGAACUGGUACUCGCCAUCUUCGAGCUCGCCAACUGCUUCCGCCACGGCUGGGGCAUUGCAAAGGAUCCAGUAGCCGCUAAGCAGUAUUACGAGACUGCAGCGAAUCUUGGAGACACUGACGCCAUGAACGAGGCUGCCUGGUGCUAUCUCGAGGGCUUCGGGUGUAAGAAGGACAAGUUCCAAGCAGCACAAUACUACCGGUUGGCUGAGAAGAGCGGUAGCAAGACUCUAGGAAAUACCUGGAUUUGGAAGGACAAGUACAAUCCGAAGUAAAAAAAAGUUGGUAAGCGCGUGUAUAUGUGGUGUUUUAAAACUUGAUUCGGCACCGACAUCAUCCCUGGGUCUCAAUCGUUCGGUUGGGGAGAAGGCCGAAAAAAAAAAAGCCAACCGGCGACUUAAGGGGGGCCGGAUAUGGGAAAUCGGAAACGCGAGUACUGAGACGAUCAAUCCGGAUGCGAUGGUUUUUUGUUUUUUUUUUUUACUUCACGGUUUGGUCUAUGAGUGUCUCUGGUUUAUUGUGCGGACGGAGAUUCGGCGGGAGAAACAAGGAAAGGGGUUACGUGGAAACAUGACACUGCACGGCACAGCAUGGCACAGCACCAUGACAUUGGCAUACGAGCUGCUUGCUUGCUUGCCUCCUUGGAAGAGUGAGAUGUGACGAAGUAGAUGAAUCAUUUAUACAUUCCAUUACAUUACUCUUAUUCUACUUAUUUUGUAUGUCUGUAUGGGAUGAUCACGCACAGGUAUAAGCAUUAAGCAUACUAUAUCACUUUCUUGCCUGCGAUUUAGGACAGCGGUAGUCGUUCGCCGCCUCCUCGUUCAUUCACUGAUUGAAUAUCCGGCUACCUAUCUGUCUGUCCAACUAAUUCUCUCAUCACCUAGCUAGCUACUAUCCACGGCCUACGUAUACCACUUGUCUACCUGCCUGUCUGUCUGUCUGUGACUG